UAGAAAAAGUUCAACUGGAAAAAAGGUGUGCUGAGCUGAGUGAUGAAUGCCCGGCUGAUCCUGAAGCAGUUACCCAAUCACCUGAUCUUCCGCAUCCUGCACUAUUCCCUUAUCUCCCAGCAACUUCGGGAGGACCUGGGCAUGGGUGUGGGGGCGGCAGAGCGGUUGAAUGGGGGACUGAAAGGAACGAAGGCAGCCGGGUCACGGCCAAUGGAGUGGCAACCCUUUGCCCUCUGGCUGGCCAACUUGCUGCUGACCUACGCGGGCGAUAUCCUAGGCAACAUGCUUCUGGGCACCCUGCCUCUGGAGCCACUCUGUAACGCUUCCGAUGUCCUGCUCAGCUCGGCGAUCUGGUACAUAAUCUUUUUUUCUCCCUUCGACCUGGGCCACAAGGUGGCCUCUACCAUGUCCUUCCGUCUCGUGGCCACGGCCAUGGCCACCAUUAGCCAGGUACAGCUGAUCGAACGAGGCGUCCACAUGGCGGGGAAGCUGUACGGCCAGGCCCCGAUCCCGAUGCUGGUGGUGGGCACUGUGAUGGGCAGUGGAGCGGAGCUGCUCAAGCCGGUGGCCUGCAUCCUGAUCAACCGAUGCCAACACAGCCACCAGGCCUACAUCAAGCUGACCACAAACUCAAAGCUGGCCUUGGGACUCUCCUGCCUGUUCAUGCUGCAGAUCUACCAGAGUCCCCUGGUCCUGGGGCUGUCCCGCCAUCAGCUUCUGGUCUACACCCUCGUGUUGACCACGACCUUCAAGUUUCUGUCCCUGGCCUACCGCACGGAGCACUUCAUCUGGCUGCUGGAACACCAGAUGCAAUACGCCUUUUUUGGCGGCUUCUCCGGGGACUUGAGCAAGUUCUUUAGACGCCUGCCCAAACGUAGUGUCCGGCCGACCUGGACGUUCUCGGAAUUCGAUUGAUUCAACCACGGAAUUGCAUAAUCGCGUGCCUCCUCC